AUAUAUUGCAAUUGCCAGAUUACUACAAAUGGUCAUGACAGCUAUCAAAAAGAUUACAUUUUAAAUUGGAUUAAUUAAUAGCCUGUGGCCAUGCAGAGGCCUCCGCCACAAAACAUGUGAACUAUGACUUUUAGUGAGUGACUCUUGAGAAUGCUAAUGCUGCUAUUUAUAGCAGGAAAUUGGUUUCUGCCAAUGGACAGCGAUGAUUGGCAGUGGGUCAUUGGGAUGGAAGCAAAAGGACAAAGAAGAGAAAUUUUUGCAAAGUUGUGUCCGACCCAUCGCGACCCUGUGGACAACGUUUCUCCAGGCCUUCCUAUCCUCUACCAUCCUCUGGACUCCAUUUAAGCUCACGCCUACUGCUUCAGUGACUCCAUCCAGCCAUCUCAUUCUCUGUCAACCCAUUCUUCUUUUUCCCUCAGUCUUUCCCAGCAUUAAGCUCUUCUCCAGCCACAAUACUGGUCCUCGAAUAAACAAUGAAAAAUUAUACAAAUUUGCCUAUUCCACCCAAGUUCUUAUCGACAGAGUGAGAGGUUUACCCCACGAGAGUGUGGGCUAUCGAAUUUCCUCUGGAGUGGAUGUCAACUUAAUAUGGAGAAAUCCCAAUAAUGACGAUGACCAGUUGAUCAAAAUUGCGAUUACAGAUUUAUCGCUUGAAAAUGUGAAUGAGCGUCCUGUAGCAAAAGACAUUUUUCAGCAGAAAAACACUAAUAAACUACAUGAAGAAGAGCAUCUUGCUGCUUUAAAAAGGCCUGUAUUUCUGCACUGGAUUCGUGGAAAGGUUAAAAAUUUCUACUGCUAUGAAGAUGAACCUUCUAUUAUCAAGAAUCUUAAGAGAGGCCUGGCUAGCUUGUUUCAAAUACAGCUAAAUUCUGGAGCUACAAGUGAGAUCGAUAUCUGUGGAAAAUGCAAUGUGACUUAUCAAGCUCGGCAGAAUCAGAUCACUAAAGUGAAAGCCUUGAACUCUUGCCAGUUAAAACAUCCAAGUGUAACCAACCACAAUCAGCUCUUCGAGGUAAAGAAAAAAUCCACUUCCGCUGUAAUUUAUGUACUGGAGGACACCUUCAUUAAAUCUGUGCGGGCUGAAGAAAAUCAUAUUUUUAAUUUGAAAUCUCUGCAACUUAUUGAUGCAAAAGUUAUUUCAAAGCAGAAACUGGAACUGAAGUCAACUGAAGCUGGUCCAAGAAUGAAGGCUGGGAAGCAAGUUGCCAGCAUUAUAAAGGCUCUGGAUUCAAAUUAUGUGGCAAUUUCUUUGAUGGCAGAUCCUGUCUCUCAUGAAUGCAAAAGUUGUCCAUCACUGUUUCAGCAGUGGAUGGUCAUCCGAAAACAGCUUGAACCAGAUAAUCUUUCAAAAGCCGAUGCUGCAAAAGGAUUUUUGGCAUUUAUCGAGAGCCUGAAGAAAGCAACAAAAGAAGAAAUCUUACAGCUACUGAGAAAUGAAAAUAAUACAGAAAUACUUCCCCAACUAGUUGAUGCAGUGGCCUCCACACAUACUUCAACCUCUCUGGAAGCAAUGUUGGAUUUUCUGGAUUUCAAGAACAAAAGUGGAUCUCUCCUUCAGGAACGAUUCCUCUAUGCUUCUGGUUUCACUGCUCAUCCGAAUGAGUUAUUACUCAGAUCUUUAAUUAAUAAAUACAGGAGUCCAAUUGGUAACAAUGAAAUCAGAGAAAUGGUUAUUAUUAUUGCCGGCGCACUCAUCAGAAAACUGUGCAACGUGGGAGGCUGCAAACUGCCUGCUGUUGUGGAAGCCAAGAAAUUGAUAUUCCAAGGCUUGAACAGAGCAGAUAAAGCUGAUGAUGUGAAGAUGUUCCUUUUGGCACUGAAAAAUGCCCUUUUGCCAGAAGCUGUUCCUGUGCUGCUAAAAUUCGCUGAGUCAGGAGAAGGACCUAUCAGCAACAUCGCUGUUACUGCUCUACAGAGAUAUGAUCAUUCAUCCAUAACUGCUGAGGUGAAAAAAACCAUGAACAGGAUUUACCACCAGAAUUAUAAAGUUCAUGAGAAGACUGUAAGAACCACAGCUGCUGCUAUUAUCUUCAACAGCAAUCCUUCCUUCAUGGAAGUUAAAAACCUCCUCCUCUCUAUUGGAGAGCUGCCACUGGAAAUGAAUAAGUACAUGCUUUCACUAGUCCAGGAUAUACUACAUUUUGAAAUGCCUGCCAGCAAAAUGAUCCGUGAAGUCCUGAAGGACAUAUUGAUUCAUAAUUAUGACAGAUUUUCAAAAGUGGGUUCUUCUUCGGCCUUCUCUGGUUACCUAACACGUGGCCAAGUUCUAUCAUCUACAUAUAGCCUUGAUAUACUGUACUCUGGUUCCGGUAUCUUAAGAAGAAGCAACAUGAAUAUCUUCCUUUUCAGUAAAUUUGCUCAACUUCAUGCCAGCCAGGUGGUAAUUGAAGCUCAAGGUCUGGAAUCUAUUAUAGCUGCAUCUGCAGAUGAAGGAGAAGAAAAUCUUGACUCCUUUGCUGGUUUGUCAGCAAUCAUGCUUGAUGUUCAACUCCGGCCAGUUACCUUUUUCCAAGGAUAUAGUGAUUUAAUGUCUAAAAUGUUCUCAGCCACUGGAGACCCCAUGAAUGUAGUGAAAGGGCUCAUCCUUCUGUUGGAUUUCUCACAGGUUAUCCAGCUGCAAUCUGGGCUGAUUUGCAGUGCUGAAUUCAAGGGAGGUAUGACUAUCGAUGUAUCAGGAGGAAUGGAGUUCAGCCUUUGGUACAGAGAAUCCAAAACAAAAGUUAAAAAUCGGGGAGCUGGGGCUAUCAUUGGUAACUUUGUUGUGGAUGCUAUGUUUGUGAAGGCUGGCCUGGAAACAACUUCUGAAAUCGAAGCAAUGUUGGAUUUUGUCACCACAGUGAAAUUUUCACAAUACCCAUUUUUGGUCUGCAUGCAGAUGGAUAAAACUGAAAGUCCAUUUAGGCAAUACCUAACAAAAUAUGAAAGUCUUCCUUCUGGAAAGCCGUAUGUCUCUCGGAAAAGAAAAGUGAGCUUGGUGGCAGGUUCUGAAUAUCCCCUUCACCAAGAAAAUUCCCACAUGUGCAGGGAAGUUUUCAGUGACCAAGAUGAUUUUUCUGAAGCUUGGUUUUGAAAUAGGCACCUGAUCUUGCAUUUCACCAAAACCCUACCUGAUUCUGGCUUCAUGUUCUGGUACCUUCGUUUAGAGCCUAAACCUGUAAUUUACAAGUCUGUGAGAACUUUGUUGUAUCGAACUUUAAGGGGCCCAGGAUUGAGUCUUGUGCACUGUGUUUACAUAUUUACAUAUAUUUAAAAGAUUUAUUUUGGGUUUCGUUUGUAACAUGUUAGGAAUACUACUUAUUGCAAAUCCAGAUGUUCAUUGAAGACCAUUAGAGGUGAUAGGACAUAAUUUUGCUUGGAUCUCUUAAGAACAUUUUCUGUUGUUUAAGAGGAAAAAUGACUUGGGGCUGAGAUACUUGAUGGAACUGAAGUUUUAAUCAGUUCCUCGUUUUCUUCUGUAAUUUAAAAUCACUCCCAACACCCCAUUCAAAAUUGUUAGCCUUGGACAGAAAAAAAACAAAUAAUACGGUAUGUGUUGUUUUACCUUUCUGUACCUUACAGCGAUUUCAACAGCCAUUUCAGUGACUUAACAGCAGUAAUUUUAGAGCUGCUAGUAUAUUUUCUCUUAGGGUCAUAGGGUUCACUGCAGAGCUUAUAUAAUUGUUGACUGCAAACUUUUUUAGUCUUCUACGCGAGGGAAAUUCCUUCAGAAACCUAUGCAUUUUAGGCAAGAUUGCAAAGAAAUACGUCCAGGGAAAUGUGCACUGCAUUUCAUUGUAAAUACAUACAAAUUAAAAUGCAAAUUUUAGUGUACAAUUUUAAAAAUAACUAUCAACUUUGAUAACAACAGAAGCUGCUGAAAAAUUGCUAACAGAUUUUUACAAUGAGAAAAAACUGAAAUUUAAAACAUUUAAACAACAAAAGAAAAAAAGCUGCAAUAAAUCCAGUCAGAAGUUUCCUUUUCUCAUAUUUAUUUUCUUUAAGGAUUAAUAUCAUUUGGUGUUACAAGUCAAAACACAGCAAAUAUGUAUUGUUUCUUAAACCAUAAAAAAUAUAUGUUCAUUAUGAGAGUUCUUGAAAAUGACUCAAUAAAACAAACACUAUUUAAACAUAUAAUUUAGGUUGGCCUUCUCAGCUAUUUUACACUCAGUGUUGAGAAAUCAUAACUUUAAUGGAACCAUUAAAAAGUGGCUGCUGAUAAAAAAUAAUAUAAAAAUCAGCUUUGCUAAAGUUGCUUGAAGAAUUAUUAGCACAAUCCAGCCAAGAUGUGUUCUUUUUGCCAGUCUUAAUACAGUGUGUAGAUAUGUUUCUAGAAGUCUCAUUCAUCUUAAUGGUUUCAGCAGAUGGUUUUUAAACUAGAAUAUGUUUUAGAUACUAUUUACCUGUCAAAGAAUAAUUACCGUGUAUAAUUUUUCAGAAGCAUUCAUCUAAUCUUGCUCAUUAGUAAAUGCAUUUUAAGAUUGUAGCUAAGAUUUAAGUUAACAACUCAUGUGUUCAUAAUUUAUCUUUAUUUUAACUUUUAUAUGCAUAUGUUAGUUCUAUUUGAAAAGCGGGUUGGAAGACAGUAGAGUUGAGAACAUUAAUUUUCCUCCCUCUAAAUCUAAACCUGACUCCAGUGUAAACAAACAUAGUCCAAGAUGGUGCUUUGUCAAUAUCUUAUAUGCUGCAAGUAAUAAUGUGAUGGUCAUUCAUCACAAAACUGGAACAGAAACCUGAAGAAAAUCAGAGCUCAAGAACAGAAUGUUUUCCCACUCUUUCUCAGUGUAUUAUGGCUUUAUAGUAAUCUUUUCCAUAUGCUAGGUUGGAAAUUGAUGCCUAUACCACUGUAUGAUGUAAGGACUUGUAAUUUUUUGACUUGACUGGAAAAUGCCCCCUCCCUCAUUUGAGAAGUACAAAAUAUAAUUAGCUUUAAAUUAAUCCAUCUAUGUAAUGGAAACGUUGUUGUGGCUUCCUUUCCCCACCCAUUUUCUAAUAAAAGUACCUUAUGUGGAAUUGCUCUCAAAUAUUCAUUUCAAAACUGAUAGUGUAAUGAGUAAAAAAAAAAGACAGUCACUGAAUUGAGGAGUGCUUAGACCAGGGGUCGGCAACCUUAAACACUCAAAGAGCCACAAAAGACCUAACCAGAAGCCUCCCAUUGAAUUCUGGAGCCGACCGGAAGUCAGGUUCCCCCUACCAUAGAGUCUCCUCCUAGCAUGGGGUCCUUUUUCCUCUGCCGACCAGAAGUCCGGUUCCAUCACCAUAGAAUCUCCUCCUAGAGUGGCAUCCUUUUUCCUCCACCUGUCCUAACUGAAAGUCCUAUCAAUUGUGGAGC